AUGAUACAACUAAAGACGAUGCUGAACUGCAUCGACAACUCGGGUGCUGCCAUAGUCGAAUGUGUCGCCGUCAUGCGGAAAAAGGUCCAGCCAGCCAAAAUCGGCGAUAGAAUCAUCGUGGUGGUCCAAAAGCAAAGGAGUUUUGGGCCCGACAAUCCGGGAGGAACCAGCUUGGGAAUUUCCAACAAAGUCCGACGAGGCGAUAUCCGACAUGCCGUGGUAGUCAGAGCUCGAAAAGAGGAACAGAGAAAAGACGGAACGCUGGUCAAAUUCGGCGACAAUGCAUGCGUGCUCAUCCAGAAGAACGGCGAUCCCAUCGGGACAAGACUAUCCAGCGUUGUCGGCGCAGAACUACGAGAUAAGAAGUGGUCCAAGAUAUUAUCGCUGGCGCCUAUGCACAUUUGA